CGCCGGCGGCAGCUGAUCCGUGCUGCUCUGUAUCCGGCGAUAAGGCACAGGCGGUCUCCCAAGUCGCGAGGUCUGGAGACGGCGGCAGCGAACACAACCAGCCGCGUCUGCACCUACAGGUUUUCAGGAGCGCCGGCAACGCAGGCAGUACAUCAUGACCAUUUCAGUCGAGCUGGAGAUGAAGCCGCCUCCUGAACAUGCAGCAGAAGGAAGCCGAAGAGCCAGUAGACUGAGGCAGCACCUGGCCGCCAUUGCUAUGAGCAUCGGGGCGCUGGGCACGACACUCGGCUGGACCAGCGUGGCCAUCCCGGAGCUGCAGUGCGGCUACGCGUCUGCGGCCGGAGCGCAGUGCUACCAGUCGUGGCAGAUGUCCUGGGUGUCGGGCUGCAUGUCGCUGGGGGCGCUGGCGUUCUCGCUGCCCGUGGGGAGGCUGGCCGACGUGCUGGGCCGCAAGCGGGCCGGGCUCUGCCUGGGACCCCUAUUCCUGGCCGGCUGGGCCUUCCUCAUCUGGGGAGACUCGCUGGCGUUGCUGUGCGUGGGCCGCCUGCUGACCGGUGCUGCGGGAGGAGCCUUCAACGUGCUGGCGCCGGUGUACAUCGCCGAGGUGGCCCAGAAGGAAGUCCGGGGAGCGCUGUGCGGCUACUUCCAACUGCUGCUCACCGUCGGCACCCUCUACGUCUACGUGCUGGGUGCGGUGACCGGCCUGUUCUGGACCUCUGUGGGCUGCGCCUUGGUGCCUGCGGUCUUCCUGGUGGCACUCUCGCUGGUGCCCGAGACUCCCCCCUACCUGCUGCAGGGUAGCCGGGAGGCCGAGGCCCGGGCGGCCCUCCGCUGGCUGAGGGGACCGCGCUGGGACACGGAGGCGGAGCUGGCCGAGGCGAGGGCGGCUCUGGAGGAGGAAUCCGGGAACGGGGGGUCCGGGUCCCUCCGUGAGGGGCUGAGCACCCCUGCUGCCGGUCGGGGAAUCGUCGCGGGGCUGGGGCUCGUCACGUGCUUCCAGCUCUGUGGCAUCAACGCUGUGCUUUUCUACGCGUCCGAUAUCUUCCUGAGAGCGUCGGGCGGAGCCCUGGAGGCGGAUACGUCUGCUGUGGUGGUGGGCGCCAUGCAGGUGGUGGCGACGCUGGUGGCGUCACUGGUGGUGGACCGCGCGGGUCGCAGGCCGCUGCUCGUGGCGUCCGCCGCAGUGGUGGGGCUGUGCGCACUGCUCCUGGGAGCCUACUUCCAGCUGGACUCCAGUGGCGAGGCCGAGGGCCUGGACUGGCUGCCCCUCGCCAGCCUCUGCCUGUUCGUGGUGGCCUUCUCGCUGGGGCUCGGGCCCGUCACCUGGGUGCUGCUCGGAGAGCUGUACGCCCCCGAGGUGCGCGCCUUUGCGGGCUCCCUCUGCUGCCUCGUCAGCUGGACUUUCUCCUUCCUGGUCACCACCUUCUUCAGCGAGCUCAGCUCCGCCGUCGGCGUCCAGGGAACCUUCUGGAUCUUCGGCUCUGUGGCAGUCGCCGGCGCCCUGUUCGUGUUCUUCGUGGUUCCCGAGACGAAGGACCGGUCACUGGAGGAGGUGCAGAGGCAGCUGUCUGGCGGGGCCCGAGUGUGGAGUUUGUCCUGCACCUGCAGAUGAGCCUCCUCACCUCGACAAAUCUGGAUGUUACAGUGAUCACCAUUCCUCUGGAUGAACCCACAUUCGUACACGAAUCAGCGAAUGGUAGUAACACGGUCUCACUUUUUCUAACAUCAGACAUUCACUUGAUCACUUGGAACAAUGUAUUGGACCACAACAGGAACCCAGGCUCUCAUCUGCCACCAGUAAUGCUCUUCCAACUGAGCCACUACCUUUUUUUCAUAAAAUGAUACAAGUUUCCAGCUCAUGGACUUUAUCACAUUCAUUAGCUGAUGUAAAUAGUGCUCCAGAUCACGAUUCAUGACUUUUCUCAAGUAAAGCAGUUACCAUAUACUUACCAUGCACUUACAUACCAUCCUGUAUGCCUUAUUGGACCCGCUACAGUUGCAGGUUCGAAUCCUGCCUCGGGCAUCGAUGUGUGUGAUGUCCUUAGGUUAGUUAGGCUUAAGUAGCUCUAAUUUCUAGGGGACUGAUGACCUCAAAUGUUAAGUCCCAUAGUGCUCAGAGCCAUUUGACCAUUUUUUACCUUAUCGCCUGUUCCAUAUGCCACCUUGAUCUCUUAGCCACCUGCUGUUCCAACACAGCACGCUUCUGUGUGAAUAAAAUGGUCCCUGGUGUAAGCUACUAAUGAAAUAUUGUUUCCAGCUGAAUGGUAUUGUCGAGAUAAUCUGACACGCCACACUCAUAACUUUUUGAUAUAGUGACUUUGCCUGAAAAUGGUUUGGGCGAGACUGGGGGAUGUCUCAUGGUAUCUCAACACUGCCAUCCGACUGGAUACCUGAGAGCCAUUCAUCAAGUACACGUCGUUUACAACCAUCUCAGUUCCCUUCUGUAAGCCUUAUCACACUCCCCUUAACCUGAAUACUACUCCCUAACGUUAAGUAAACUACGACAUUGCUGAAACCUCCUUUGCCACAAGAUCUCGUGUUUCUGAAAACCACGAUUCUGUUCAUGAGGACACUCAGUGAACACAAACUUCAAACCCUUGUCCUCAAUGUGACCUUCUUACAGGCUUACAAAGUGAAGACACAGUCCACAAUCUGUGUGUUGAGAUGAAGUUCUCAGUGCUCGACUUAGGUACACCACUGUUCAUCAACAAUCCCUAAAGCAUUCACCAUCUUACCCAAUCACUUUCCUGUAAGCUGUGAAACCUUUUUCCCGUCAUUCUAAUCCUCUUGACUUUCUCACAGGCACAGCUAAGACCUUCUCUAUCUCCAGCACUACCAUCACUCUCAAUGCCCACAGUAACUUCCCCGUGUCAGAAUCAAGUGCUGGUGUCUAAUGACUCUUUCCAUGGUCACACAAUCACUAUCCCACUUUUAACCUACCAUUCCAGCUAAAUCACUGCAGAAAACAUCAUCACUGGAAUCAAGUAUCAAACGGUCUAUCCGAUUGUCGCUCUAUAGACCCUACCUGGAUGCGAAAUCCCAAUAGUUUACCUGUUCACAUCCAGGACUACCUCCACAUAUGAUUGUAAACCUAUUGGGAAGCCUUAGGUAUAAAACUUUGAAGCCAAUCACUUCUAUCGCAACAGUCUAAUAGCGUGCCUUUCUUUCUUCAGAAGACUUUCCCCAUUUGUCAUAUCGAGCCACACUGCAGCAAAGCCUAUAUGUCCCAAUGCUAUCUGCUCUCUGCUACUCCCUCUACCGAACAACGUCUCCAGAAUUAACCACUUUACAAUCUAUCCUAAUGACAUCACCCACAAUGACGCGAACUUUGACCAGUCCCUACUCCACAAAGUUUAAAACUACACAAUCUGUCCCAUCCCAGACUCUCGGCUUGCUGCACACGAUGUCAAACCGUUGCUAAAAAUAUGUACCAUCUUUUCUCAUUAUAUCUGCAUCACUAUUGAUACCAAAAGUAAUGGCUUACCCUGUAUUUAGUAACCCUACCUUAAUUCUGCAAAACCGAGCGAGGUGGCGCAGUGGUUAGCACACUGGAAUCGCAUUCGGGAGGACGACGGUUCAAUCCCGCGUCCGGCCAUCCUGAUUUAGGUUUUCCGUGAUUUCCCUAAAUCGCUCCAGGGAAAUGCUGGGAUGGUUCCUUUGAAAGGGCACGGCCGACUUCCUUUCCCAUCCUUUCCUAAUCCGAGCUUGUGCUCCGUCUCUAAUGACCUCGUUGUCGCUGGGACGUUAAACACCAAUAUCCUCCUCAUAAUUCUGCAAACAUUUGUACCAGCACAUACUAUCUCACUAUUACUCAAGUUGUCUCAUUCAAUCAGGGUAACUAAUGUAGAAAGAAGUACCAGUGAGUGGCCAUGGGUGGUUUUUACAUUAUUGUGAACUUCACCAAUAAACAUUUCAAUUUGUAUGUAUUACAAAUGACUUCACUAAUUACUAUAGAGUUGAAGGUACGCAAUAACGUAAAAGAAUUAGCCAGCUACACUUCAGGAAUGAAGCUUCCCCACCAUUAUUUACAUUUUCAAACCUUGGUGUAUAAAGUGCACACCUUUUUAAAUGUGACUUGGCCACCUGAACCCCAAAAUUGUACAAGUAUUUUAAGUCUUCAAACAGCAUUCACUUCUCGUUCUCUGUCCCUUUCUUGUCCCGCAGGUGAGUCAAUUAGCCACUCAUCAAAUUAUGUCCUCUCUUCACUGUGAAUGAACACAUGAGAAUAUCCUACAGCUCCAAAAUACCUGAUACCAUCCAAAGUAUCUUUUCUUGUCUAGCCUCCUGUCUUUACACACUGCCACGUCUGUAACAGCUCAUACCUCUACCUUACACCUACAUAAUUUUCACAUCAUCUCCUAGAACAUUUUCAUUGAACCCCUUUUGACUCAGCUGUCAUGGGCCCUUUCUUUCUUUCUCCAUAUCCAUACUCGCCUCUUUCUCUUCUCUGUACUAAUCUUUCAUUUAUUACCCAUUAUUCCUGUUUUUAUUAUCCCUCCAUUCAGCUCUCCAGAAAAACCUUCACAACUUCACGCCCAAUAUCCAUUCCACACCUAAUCCAUUACCUGUUUACUAAAGUACUUAACUUCCAUAUUCAUUUUUUCCAGACUCCAAAAAUCUUUAAGUGAAGGCCCACCACAUAGAAUCGAGAGUUUGUGUGAUUUUCAUCCUUCACUUCAUAUUGGUCUCUUUGCAUUGCUCACACUACAUAAUUACAAUGAAUCGUUUCAUUCAGUUUAUAGAUUGUGAAAUAACUAUCAUGUUGUACCUAAAAUCAUGUAUUUUAAGGACUCUGUCGAUAUAUUAAGAUAAAUUUUUGUAUACUUCUAAAAUUUUUGAUCGUAUAAACGUUAUAAUUUUGUACCACUAUUAUCCCUCACUAACCGUAUUGAGUGAAGGGUAAGAAAAGAUAAUAAAAGAAAAAUAACCAUCGCUUCUGUAUGUCAUAGAUGACGGAAAUCCCAUUGAUGAGAUGUAUUCAGAGAAUGCCGAUAUUUUCAUGAGUGUCAAUAAGUGUCUGCAUUGUUUAACUCAAGUAAAAAUGUUUCGAAAAAGGUUUUUCUGCUACACAGACAAUAUCAACACGAACAUGCAAUUUCACUCCUAGGUUCCUUUCACUCAGUGUGUAACAUCGACUUCUUUGGCCAAACGAGCAAACUGC